GCCCCGGGAGGAAGGGGAGGAGGCCGGGUGUUUCCUGGCGCAUUCCCGGCCCGCCCGAGUGACUCACUCAGCCUGGAAACUCCCAGGGCCCGUCCGGGACCCCCGAGCCGCCGCCGCCGCUGACCCAGGCCAGGAUGGCAGCCCAGGUGACACUGGAGGAUGCACUGUCCAAUGUGGAUCUCCUGGAAGAGCUGCCUUUGCCUGACCAGCAGCCCUGCAUCGAGCCCCCACCAUCCUCACUGCUCUACCAGCCAAAUUUCAACACUAAUUUUGAAGACAGAAAUGCAUUUGUCACUGGGAUUGCAAGAUACAUUGAACAAGCAACUGUCCAUUCUAGCAUGAAUGAAAUGCUGGAGGAGGGCCAAGAGUACGCGGUCAUGCUGUACACCUGGAGGAGCUGCUCUCGGGCCAUCCCACAGGUGAAAUGUAACGAGCAGCCUAAUAGAGUGGAAAUUUACGAGAAAACCGUAGAGGUCCUUGAGCCUGAAGUCACAAAACUGAUGAAUUUUAUGUACUUCCAGAGAAAUGCCAUUGAGCGUUUCUGUGGGGAGGUGAGGCGCCUGUGCCACGCGGAGAGAAGGAAGGAUUUUGUGUCUGAAGCCUAUUUGAUCACGCUGGGAAAGUUCAUCAACAUGUUUGCUGUGCUGGAUGAGUUAAAGAACAUGAAGUGCAGUGUGAAGAAUGACCACUCGGCAUAUAAGAGGGCUGCUCAGUUUUUACGUAAAAUGGCGGACCCACAGUCCAUCCAGGAAUCACAGAAUCUGUCCAUGUUCCUGGCCAACCACAAUAAGAUCACCCAAUCUUUACAGCAGCAGCUUGAAGUGAUUUCUGGCUACGAAGAGCUCCUCGCUGAUAUUGUGAAUCUGUGUGUGGAUUACUACGAGAAUAGGAUGUACCUGACACCCAGUGAGAAACACAUGCUUCUCAAAGUCAUGGGAUUUGGUCUAUACUUGAUGGAUGGGAGUGUCAGCAACAUCUAUAAACUUGAUGCCAAGAAAAGAAUAAACUUAUCCAAAAUUGAUAAGUACUUCAAGCAGCUCCAGGUUGUUCCACUAUUUGGGGACAUGCAAAUAGAACUGGCAAGAUACGUCAAGACCAGUGCCCACUAUGAGGAGAAUAAAUCUCGAUGGACAUGCACAUCAUCCAGCAGCAGCCCGCAGUAUAAUAUCUGUGAGCAGAUGAUCCAGAUCCGGGAGGACCACAUGCGCUUUAUCUCAGAGUUGGCGCGCUACAGCAAUAGUGAGGUUGUCACAGGGUCGGGCCGCCAGGAGACUCAGAAGACAGAUACCGAGUACCGGAAACUCUUUGACCUGGCGCUUCAGGGCCUGCAGCUGCUGUCUCAGUGGAGUGCUCACGUGAUGGAAGUGUAUUCAUGGAAACUUGUGCACCCAACGGACAAGUACUCCAACAAGGACUGCCCAGACAAUGCUGAGGAGUAUGAGCGCGCCACCCGCUACAACUACACUAGUGAGGAGAAGUUCGCCCUGGUGGAGGUGAUCGCCAUGAUCAAAGGCCUGCAGGUGCUAAUGGGCAGGAUGGAGAGUGUGUUCAACCAUGCCAUCCGGCACACCGUCUAUGCUGCGCUGCAGGACUUCUCCCAGGUUACCCUCCGGGAACCACUCAGGCAGGCCAUCAAGAAGAAGAAGAAUGUCAUCCAGAGUGUUCUGCAGGCCAUCAGGAAGACCGUGUGUGACUGGGAGACGGGGCACGAGCCCUUCAAUGACCCAGCCCUGCGGGGUGAGAAGGACCCCAAGAGUGGCUUCGACAUCAAAGUACCCCGGCGUGCCGUGGGACCCUCCAGCACACAGCUUUACAUGGUGAGAACCAUGCUAGAGUCCCUCAUUGCAGACAAAAGUGGUUCCAAGAAAACCUUGAGAAGUAGCCUUGAGGGGCCCACCAUAUUGGACAUAGAAAAAUUUCAUCGAGAGUCAUUCUUCUACACUCACUUGAUUAAUUUCAGUGAAACGCUGCAGCAGUGCUGUGACCUUUCACAGUUGUGGUUCCGAGAGUUCUUUCUGGAGCUGACAAUGGGCAGGAGGAUCCAGUUCCCCAUUGAGAUGUCCAUGCCCUGGAUCCUGACGGACCACAUCCUAGAGACCAAGGAGGCAUCCAUGAUGGAGUACGUCCUCUACUCCCUGGACCUGUACAAUGACAGCGCACACUAUGCCCUCACCAGGUUCAACAAGCAGUUUCUCUACGACGAAAUUGAAGCAGAGGUGAAUCUAUGCUUUGACCAAUUUGUUUAUAAACUGGCAGACCAGAUAUUUGCAUAUUAUAAGGUUAUGGCAGGAAGUUUGCUUCUUGAUAAACGUUUACGAUCAGAAUGCAAGAAUCAAGGGGCAACGAUCCAUCUCCCGCCAUCUAACCGCUAUGAGACACUGCUUAAGCAGAGGCAUGUGCAGCUCCUGGGCAGAUCCAUAGACCUUAAUCGCCUGAUUACUCAGCGUGUUUCAGCAGCCAUGUAUAAGUCUCUGGAACUGGCCAUUGGACGAUUUGAAAGUGAAGACCUGACAUCAAUAGUUGAGUUGGAUGGCCUCUUGGAAAUCAACCGCAUGACCCACAAGCUGCUAAACAGGUACCUGACACUGGACAGCUUUGACGCCAUGUUCCGGGAGGCCAACCACAAUGUAUCAGCGCCAUAUGGGAGAAUCACCCUCCAUGUCUUCUGGGAACUCAAUUACGACUUCCUGCCCAACUACUGCUAUAAUGGCUCUACCAACCGAUUUGUUCGGACAGUAUUACCAUUUUCUCAGGAAUUUCAAAGAGAUAAACAGCCUAAUGCACAACCCCAGUAUUUACAUGGAUCAAAGGCUUUGAACUUGGCCUACUCUAGCAUUUAUGGCAGCUACCGAAACUUUGUGGGGCCUCCGCACUUUGAGGUCAUCUGCCGGCUGCUUGGCUACCAGGGCAUUGCAGUGGUCAUGGAGGAGCUGCUGAAGGUCGUGAAGAGCCUGCUGCAAGGCACAAUCCUGCAGUACGUGAAGACACUGAUGGAGGUGAUGCCCAAGAUCUGCCGCCUGCCCCGUCAUGAAUAUGGCUCUCCUGGUGAGUAUGGGCACCUCCCCAGGAGUGCAGUACAGAAGGGACAGCAUAAACAUUCAGACCUCAGUGCAAGAUGUCAAGUCAGAAAUUACUCUUUAGAAGAAGUGUGUGACCUAUUGCAUGCAGCCCCAUUUCAGAACAUCUUGCCAAGAGUCCAUGUGAAAGAGGGAGAGAGACUUGAUGCCAAAAUGAAAAGACUAGAAUCAAAGUACGCCCCACUGCAUCUUGUCCCUCUGAUUGAAAGACUGGGAACCCCUCAGCAAAUUGCAAUAGCGAGAGAGGGGGACUUGCUGACAAAGGAACGUCUCUGCUGUGGCCUAUCUAUGUUUGAAGUCAUCCUGACUCGGAUCCGGACCUUUCUGGACGACCCUAUCUGGCGUGGGCCUUUGCCCAGCAAUGGAGUCAUGCAUGUGGAUGAGUGUGUUGAGUUUCACAGACUUUGGAGUGCCAUGCAGUUUGUCUACUGCAUUCCUGUGGGAACACACGAGUUUACAGUCGAGCAGUGCUUUGGCGACGGGCUCCACUGGGCUGGCUGUAUGAUCAUUGUACUUCUUGGGCAACAGCGGCGCUUCACUGUCCUGGAUUUCUGCUACCAUCUACUUAAAGUCCAGAAACAUGAUGGCAAAGAUGAGAUUAUCAAAAAUGUGCCAUUGAAGAAAAUGGUGGAGAGAAUUCGCAAGUUCCAGAUCCUAAAUGAUGAGAUAAUUACUAUCUUGGACAAGUACUUGAAGUCUGGUGAUGGAGAAAGCACACCUGUGGAGCAUGUUCGCUGUUUUCAGCCACCUAUCCACCAGUCCCUGGCCAGCAGCUGAGGACAUGUACAUCAUGUUUUUGAAGAGUCCCAGUACUGACUGCAUUUAAUAACUAUAAGGGCAUGUUUUUCUUUCCAUAAACUAUUUAGUAAGAUUUUUAGUGACUAUUUUUCAGUAUCUCUGUGCCUGUUAAAGGGGGUGCUUUUCAAUUUAAAAGCUUAAUUUUAUAAAAUUAUUUUUCUAGACUAAAAUUGUAUAUGCCUUUGGUAAUUAGAAAGUCUGAGAAUAUUAGCUGCUAAUUGUUGCCAUCAUGUUCUUACAGAAUUAUUUUGCAUUUUUCUAUGGAAUGUUCCAACAACUAGCUAUGUCAAAAUGCUGCUGAGUUCAUCCAUAUAUUCCUUAGCAAAGGAUCAGUGAUGUUUGGGGAAAGAUUUAUGGACUUAAGAAACUUAAUACCAGCUCAUUGUAAUAAAAUCCACUACCAAUUAGAAUUAAACUUAAUGCUUAUUUAGCUUUUGUUUAGGGAUUUUUCUGAUGGUCUUUUAUGAAUAACCUUUUCUAAGUCAUUGUUCCUUUUUUUUGUGUCAGUGUGUCAGAAAAUAGUGAACUUGAUUCCUCUGCUUCUACUAAAUCCAGUUGUGACAGUCUAAUUUGUAAGGUAUGAUUUAAAGGUUACAGAAAUCAAACUAAUAAAACUUAAUUGUGUUCAUUCA